CCUGGGAGCACCAUGCGGCUGCUUUGUUACAUCUUGCUCUGUUUCCUAGUAUCGCUGGCUAUGAACAAACAGCCUGACGUUGAAACUCUAGGUGAUCUUGGCGUGCUCCACUGUGGACCCAGCGGCUUUCAGUUUACUAUCCAUCUUGGGAGCCAGGAGACAGGAUCUUUCCCUGCAUUAGUAGCCUGGGACAAUGAAGGGCUACUACACACGCUGCAGAACGACUCGGACUGUGGCACCUGGGUAGGAGAAGGUCCUGACCACUCCGUGGUGUUGGAAGUCAACUACAGUAGCUGCUAUGCCACUGAGUUGGAGUUCCACCAUGUUAUGCUGGUCGGAGUUGAACAGGUGAACACAGUUGGACAUGACCUACCUACAAAGAAGCAGCUGCUGAGGUGCCCUGUGGAUCUUCGAGCCCUCGAUGCUCCAGGUGUGGGACUGUGCAACUCCAUCCCUGUGCAGGACCGGUUGCCAUGCUCUGCUUCCCCUGUCUCACAAAGAGACUGUGAGGAACUGGGAUGCUGUUACAGCUCAGAGGGAGAUUCCUGUUACUAUGGAAACACAGUGACCUCACACUGUACCCAGGAGGGACACUUCUCAAUUGCUGUGUCCCGAAACGUGUCCUCGCCUCCUCUGCGCUUGGAUUCAGUGCACCUGGCCUCGGGGAAUGACAGCAGCUGUGAUCCAGUGAUAGCAACACCUGCGUUUGUCCUAUUCCGAUUUCCAUUUACUGCCUGUGGCACCACAAGCCAGAUCACUGGAGGCCAAGCAAUAUACGAAAACGAGCUGCUUGCCAUGAGAGAUGUGAGAACUUGGAGCCAUGGCUCCAUCACCCGGGACAGCAUCUUCAGGCUCCGGGUCAGUUGCAGCUACUCCAUAAGCAGCAAUGAACUUCCAGUAGAUAUGGAGGUGUUGACCCUCCCACCACCCCUUCCUGAGACCCAGUCUGGUCCCCUCACUGUGGUCCUUCAAAUAGCCAAAGAUAAAGACUAUGGCUCCUACUACAUGGCUGGUGACUACCCAGUGGUGAAACUACUUCGGGAGCCCAUUUACGUGGAUGUUGCUAUCCUUUAUAGAACAGAUCCCCACCUAGGGCUACGCCUACAUCAGUGUUGGGCCACACCCAGGAUCAACCCCGUGUAUCAACCACAGUGGCCUAUACUGGUAAAGGGAUGUCCCUACACUGGAGACAACUAUCAGACCCAACUGAUCCCAGUCCAGAAAGCCGUGGAUCUGCCGUUCCCCUCUCAUCACCAACGCUUCAGCAUUUCCACCUUCAGCUUCGUGGACAACACUGUGGCAAAGGAAGCUCUAAAGGGACCGGUCUAUCUGCACUGCAGUGUGUCAGUCUGCCAGCCUGUUGGGACACCAGCCUGUAUGGCAACCUGUCCUAUUGACAGCCGAAGAAGCUCAGUCUAUUUUGAGAACAGUACUGCUAGCAUUUCCAGCCAAGGCCCCAUGAUUCUACUUCAAGCUACUACAGAUGCUGCAGAAAGGCUCCAUAAAUACUCAGGUGCUGCUGUACAGGCUGAAGCUUUGUGGGUGGCAGGCCUUUCUGCGACCUUGGUCAUCGGUGCCUUACUCGUGUCCUACUUGGCUAUCAAGACACGAAGAUAA